UUGGGACAGUAGACCUACUCGAGCGAAUCCGCGCCACUUGCUUUGUUCUCUUAUUGUUUUGGCGUUUGUUGUGAACAACGUGCGUGCGUUUGAGUGUCUUCAAAGAAAAUUGUGAUUUUUCAACGAUGGAGGAGAGUAAACGCAAAGGGAAAGACAUUCCUGAUAACAACCACGAAGGUGAAAAGGAAAAUAACGUGGAGAAUGGCCAUGACAACGACCAAAGUGAUGCUUUACCUGAUGCGUUCGGUACUAAGCUUAUUUCUAAUAAUGUGGUGGCGAGUAUGCCAGCUGAAAAAUACGCCACACAUUACAAUAUGAAUCAUAAGAACCGCGGUUUGGCCUUAAUUUUCAACCAUGAAGUUUUCGAUAUCCAUAAUUUGAAACCAAGGACUGGGACUGAUCAAGACCGAAAAAAUUUGGAAGAUGUUUUGAGGAAACUUGGCUUUGAGGUCAUUGUCUUUCAAGAUUUGAGAUAUCACGAUAUCGAACGACAGAUCAAACAGGCUGCCAAAUAUGAUCACACCGAUUCCGAUUGCUUGUGCAUUUCCGUUCUCACUCAUGGCGACACCGGAAUUCUGUACGCCAGAGACACACAAUACAAACCUGAUUUGCUCUGGAGUUAUUUUGCAGCCGAUCGGUGCCCCUCUCUAGCCGGAAAACCAAAAAUUUUCUUCCUGCAAGCUUGUCAAGGCGAUAAAUUGGACGGUGGUGUUAUUUUAUCAAGAACUGAAACUGAUGGUCACCUGGAAAUCGAUUCGUAUCGCAUUCCAGCACAGGCUGAUUUCCUCGUGGUUUAUUCAACUGUAAAAGGUUAUUAUUCGUGGCGCAACACCACUCGAGGCUCGUGGUUUAUCCAAGCCUUGUGUGAAGAGCUGCGAAAUAAAGGCUUUGAUUACGAUUUAGGCACAAUCCUAACAUUUGUUUCCCAACGUGUGGCUUUCGAUUUUGAGAGUAAUUGUCCCGAUUCGCCAACAAUGCACCAACAAAAACAGAUUCCUUGCGUGAUGAGUAUGCUCACAAGGUUGAUACAGUUCACAAGGGUGAAAGAAGGAUUGGAAGAAAAUGAAACGCUCCAAAAACAAGAAAAACGUAAAAAUACUAUUAAGGGAUUAUUUACAAAGGGUAAAUAAAUGCGUAAUUACUUAAUUCGAUUAAUUUUAGCAUAUUUGUGCACAGGUGUCUUUCAAAUUUUUAGCUUUCUAAAUUUUAUUACUAAAAGUAGGUCUAAGAAAUAGUGAUGUUUGUUUUGUAGGAAAUUUUCACUUUUUAGUAAAUUAUUUUGGCUGUUGUAUCAUUCCAAAUGCACAAGUAUGUGCAGUGCAAUCGUUUAAUUAUUUUUAAGUAAAUGUUAUGCGUAGUAAGUGCCAAUUUAUGUGUUGUGGCUGUAAAAAUUAGAUUGGCCACACUGUAUCAUUCAGUCAGUGUUGCCAACAGGAUUUUAAGGUUACAGGCCACUUGAUAGUUUAGUUGUAUAUACUUUCAAUCAGUUGUAAGCCAAGCACCAAUGACAACGUGUUAGCGUAUGUAAUUAAGGCACAUGAGAAAUAUCACACUGUAUUAAAUCGUUAGUUUAAUUUUUGCAUAUUUAAUAUACGUGCCAUUGUCUUUCAAAAAAGUGUCUUAUGGAAGUCAAGUGUGUUAACGAUUGGAAUGGAUAAACUACAGCUGUGUAAACAUUGCCAUUUUAAAAAUAUUGUAUUACUACAUAAUUAGUUGGUGUAUUUUUACAUGUAAAUGUUUUUAUAUUGUAUACACCUUUAUGUUUUACAAAAGAAUAAAAGAUGUACAUUGUGCUCGCA